UGUUGAGAAGUUUAUCCCUAUCAGUCACUUUGGUGGUCGCGUCAACAGUGUUUGAUCGAACACCUGCUCGUCUUUUUAACGAUUUUUUAAAAAAGAAGUUUUGAAGUUUGUCACGUUUCUAUCAGAAAACCGAACCAAAGAUGUCCAAAGUCAGACAAGUCCGUCAAAACUACCAUGAGGAAAGCGAGGCUGGAGUCAACAAGCAGAUCAAUAUGGAGUUCUAUGCUUCAUAUGUCUAUGCUGCUAUGGCCUUCCACUUCGACCGGGAUGAUGUAGCUUUGCCCAACAUCUCCAAGUUCUUCAAGGACAGCAGCGAUGAAGAGAAUGAACAUGCCCGUAAGUUGAUGAAGUUCCAGAACGAACGAGGUGGAACUGUCGUGUUGAAAGACAUCAAGGCUCCUCCCAAGGCGAAAUGGGACUCUCCUCUGGAGGCCUUCCAAGACGCUCUUGAACUGGAAAAGACUGUCAAUCAAUCCCUGCUGGAUUUGCAUAAGGUCGCUUCCAAACACGAUGACGCUCAGAUGUGCGAUUUCUUGGAAAGUGAGUACUUGACUGAACAAGUGGAGGCCAUCAAGAAACUUGGAGAUCACGUUACUAACCUGAAGCGUGUUGGCUCCGGUCUCGGCGAGUACAUCUUCGACAGGGAAUUCAAAUCUUAAAGAACAGCAUUAUUUUUUCCCCUUCAAAAUUUAUCUAUUAAAUAAAAGAACCUAUAAUGUACGAAAGAUUUUAAAAUUUAAACCUAUUAAUCUGUAAUAAAACGUUUCAAACUUG